CUUGCGGUUGCCGUGACGUCAGGCGCGCGGCGGUCUUCACUCGCUCGCGGCGGCUCCUCACUCGCUUGUGGCAGGUGCGGCGCGUUUCGUACAGUGCGGUUGGGUCUUCUCGGGCCGGAGUCGAGCAGUACCUAGUCUGUUUGUGUGGGAAAAGAGGUACACUUUGCAGAUCCCUGAUGAACCCAGAGAAUCCUCCACCAUAUCCGGGCCCAGGCCCCACAGCUCCAUACCCACCUUACCCACAGCAACCAAUGGGACCUAUGGCAGGUCCCUAUCCACCUCCACCUCCUCAGGGGUACCCUUAUCAAGGAUAUCCACAGUACGGCUGGCAGGGCACACCUCAGGAGCCUCCUAAGACCACAGUGUAUGUGGUAGAAGACCAAAGAAGAGAUGAUCUGGGCCCAUCCACCUGCCUCACAGCCUGCUGGACUGCUCUCUGUUGCUGCUGUCUCUGGGACAUGCUCACCUGAGCAGGGCCCUCGUGCUCUGCUGGCUCUGCAGCCGCCUCAGUAGUGUGCCUGCCCCAUCUCUUCUGACUGCUGUAUUGAUUAGCCCGUGCAGACACCUCCACUUUCAAUACUAUGGGAUUUUAGAUUAGUGAGGGUUGCUGCUGUUUAAUUCGGUGACUGGUCUUUCUAGUGUUCAAAAUCCAUUUCUUAUUGAUCUUUAACAAAUGUGCUAAAUGACCUUCCUUUUAUUUUUUGGCCAAAGGCUUAGUUAUUAAAUAUAUAUAUUUAUAAUUCUUAAAUUAUACAUUUAAAAUAGUGGCAAGAUGUAACAUACCACUGAAUGAUUUCUCUGCGUACACCCUGUAUGUUUCAAUAAAUUUGUCAAAACUUCA